CAAGCGAGAGUGUAGUACUAGGAUGGAUUUUAAAGAAACUUAGUCCACAUCUGUUUUCUCUACGCUUCCGCCUAAUCCUUCUGAUACCUCAGAAAGAUUAGUUUUACAUUUGUUCGGGACCAUAAUGUUUAAGUUUAUGGGAUAAGAAUUAGAAAAAGUCGAUUUCUCUAACUAGAGAGUCUCAACUAACGCCAACGCCUGAGCGAAUUACAAACGUGUGUGCACAUUUUACUGUAUUGAUUAUUGAAUCUAGUUAUACAUAUCUUUGGGUAUUAACAUAAACUUUGUGUUGUUCUACAUCAAAAUAGCAGCAGCAGGACGAAACAGUUACUAUUUAACUCUUAAAAGAUCUCUGUAGGUAGGAGCAUGAAAGCGUGAAUUACGGUGACGUCAUGUGUGGAUGUACCACCGCGUGUAACUACCGGUGAAAGUCUCGUGCAGCACUGACUGCAAAGACUUGUGAGGCCUAACAAGUCUACGGUACGUAGUACUAGUAAUAGUAGCAGUAGUGCUAUAGGACUAGUAGCAGUCCUUAUUCUUUUAUUUCAAAUACUCCGUAGAUUAAACUUGCAUAAGUAAACUAACUUGUUGUACUUUGGAAGUGCGUAGAUGUUAAAUUUCAGUGUGAACUCUCAAGUAAAAUAGAUAUUAACUUCAAUUCAUAAGACUAUAUUUAGUUGACGAAAAGAGAAAUACAUCGGUGCCAUGGUACGUGAGACUGAUAGUCCGAGACUCGUGAGCGUGUCUGAUGGUGUAAAAUUUGUGAUUUCCAGACUAAAUUAGAUUGAAUACCGUGAAAUUGUAGCGGUUAUCUAGGCUUAACCUGAAUAAUAACGUUACUUUAACUCGUUAACUUGGGGAUUGUACAGUUCCUGAAAUUCAGAAAAUACAAUUACAUAUUAAUAAGGCCCGUAUCUGUGUUUUCGAUUACAAUUUACAGAACAAGAGCCGUAACAUGUUAACACUGAAUAAAUACAGUUUUACGUACGCUUCGUAAAACAGGGCCAUCAAAAUACUGAAGUUCUGUGCGUGUUGUGCUCUAUAAAAUGUGGAAUAUGAUGAUGUGUGACGUGAUGCCUACAAUAUCAGAAGACAAUGUUAACCAACAGACAAGUCAGCUUAGCGGAGACGAAGCAAACUUUGAGCAACUCAUGGUUGAUCUUCUUGACGAGAGAGACAAGCUUAUGGAAAAACUACAGAAUACACAGACGGAACUCGGUCAAGUUGAAAAAGAAAGAAGGUCGCUACAACGUCAGUUACAAGCCAAUCUGCCUCAGAUGAAGAGAAAUAAAUUACUGAAGGACGUUCACUUGCCAUGAGGAACACCCACACACGAGACUUGCACCAUUAAUCGUCAAAGCACGUGCACGAAAACAUCAAAAGGGCACUGAAGGAAGUUCAGGUCGAGACCGUUUCGUCGUCGGGCCAGGCCUUACAAAAUGUAAUUGCUUAUCGUAAUAGAUCUUGUUCUAAAGGAAGCCCACCAAUUGAAAAGAAUUAAGUUAAGUCCAGAAAAAAUAAAAUGUUCUGAAUUAGUGGUGUGCAGAUAAGUUCUAAAACUUUUAAGAGAUAAAUUUAGAAGUGACGUCAGAAGAUCAUCGGGAUAUGAACAGCAGGGUGUCUGAAAGGGCAGGGAUAUUCCAUCUUUUUUUA